CAAUUUGAAGAAACCUCCUUUCUGAACAUUAUAAAUUCCACCACCAUUACCAUCAUAAUCACAAUCACAUAUUCACAUCAACAAUGUCUUCUUUUGUUUUUCCAGAGACCAAUUCCACUGUCCUUCCAGACCCUUCCAAUUUCUUCUCCCAAAACCUUCUCUCAAACCCACUCCCAACAAACUCUUUCUUCCAAAACUUUGUUCUCAAAAACGGUGACCAACCAGAAUACUUCCACCCUUACCUCAUCAACUCCUCAAACUCCUCACUCACUCUCUGCUACCCUUUCCACAACUCAAACUCUUCAUUCAUAUCCCAAGUCUUCAUCAACAACCUCACCAUCACUUCCUCUAACAAUAACAACAAACCCGAGGGCAAACACGUCAUUUCCUCCUACAGUGACCUUGGUGUCACAUUGGAUAUCCCUUCUUCCAACCUUCAAUGCUUUCUUGUUAAAGGAGCCCCCUUUGUAACCGUUUCUGUUACACAACCAACCCCUCUUUCAAUAACCACCAUCCACGCCAUUCUCUCUUUCUCCUCCAAUGAUUCUCUCACCAAGUUCACCUUUCAGUUCAACAAUGGCCAAACAUGGCUCUUAUACUCUUCCUCACCGAUUACCCUGACUCACACUCUCUCUGAGAUCAGUUCUACUCCUUUCUCCGGCAUAAUUCGGAUAGCUUUGUUGCCGGAUUCCGACGCUAAACACGAGGCUAUUCUUGACAAGUUCAGCACCUGCUAUCCUGUCUCCGGGGAAGCCAUAGUCGGAGAACCGUUUCGCGUUAGGUAUAAUUGGAACAAGAAAGGCUCCGGUGACUUGUUGAUGUUAGCGCACCCUCUUCAUCUUCGGCUUAUAGAUAAGAACAACAAGAAUGAUGUUAAUGUAACCGUUCUUGAUGAUUUCAAGUACAAUAGCAUCGAUGGGGAGCUUGUUGGUGUUGUUGGUGAUUCAUGGAUUCUGCAAACCGAUCCAGUUUUCGUAACAUGGCAUUCUUCAAACGGUGUAAGGCAAGAUUCAUACACCGAAAUCGUUUCGGCACUUUCGAAAGACGUUGAAUCUCUUAACUCAUCUUCAACAUUGUUACAAACCUCGUCUUACUUCUAUGGCAAGUUAAUUGCAAGAGCUGCAAGACUUGCAUUGAUAGCUGAAGAGGUUUAUUCAUUUGAUGCGAUUGCCAAGGUUAGAAACUUUCUUAAAGAAACCAUUGAGCCUUGGCUUGAAGGAACUUUCAAUGGGAAUGGAUUUCUUCAUGAUAAAAAAUGGGGUGGAAUCGUUACAAAGUUAGGAUCUACAGAUUCUGGUAAAGAUUUUGGGUUUGGAAUUUACAACGAUCAUCAUUAUCAUUUGGGAUACUUUAUCUAUGCAAUUGCAACGCUUGUUAAGAUUGAUCCAGCAUGGGGUAGUAAAUACAAAUAUCAAGCUUAUUCUCUUGUCUCGGAUUUUAUGAACUUGGAUAUGAAAUCAAAUCCAAAUUACACUCGUUUGAGGUGUUUUGAUCUGUACACAUUACAUUCUUGGGCCGGAGGACUAACCGAAUUCGCCGACGGAAGAAACCAAGAGAGCACAAGUGAAGCAGUGAGUGCUUAUUACUCUGCAGCGUUGUUGGGUAUGGCGUACGGCGAUGCAAGGCUUUAUGCCGUUGGAUCAACGCUAACGGCAUUGGAGAUUCUUGGAACACAAACAUGGUGGCAUGUGAAAGAAGGAAGUGGAAUGUAUGAGGGUGAGUUUACAAAGGAAAACAGGGUGAUGGGAGUACUGUGGUCUAACAAGAGAGACAGUGGAUUAUGGUUUGCACCUGCUGAGUGGAAAGAAUGCAGGGUUGGGAUUCAGGUGCUGCCAUUGUUGCCAAUAUCUGAAGCUUUGUUUUCAGAUGUUGGGUAUGUGAAGGAGCUUGUGGAGUGGAGUUUGGCUGCUUUGAAGAGGGAUGGUGUUGGAGAAGGGUGGAAGGGGUUUGUUUAUGGUCUUCAAGGGGUUUAUGAUAAUGAAGGUGCAUUGGAGAAUAUAAGAAACUUGAAAGGUUUUGAUGAUGGUAACUCUUUCACUAAUCUUUUAUGGUGGAUUCAUAGUAGAGGAUGAAGGUGAUCUUGAGAAUUGGAAGAAUAAUGUGGUGAAUCAUUAGUCACACUCUGGGAAAUAAAAAUCGAAUGUUAAAAUAAAGUUAAAA